ACAAAGACCCCAACCCCUUACCUCUCUCAGUCUUUCGUCUUCAACACAACGCAAAACUACACUGCAAUUUUAUUCUCGACGCCGACCCGAUUCUCUCACAUCACACGCUCUCUCUCCAAGAUCUCCCCGCCCCGCCUCGCCUCGCCUCGCAUUGCUUGCUGUCUCUCUCCUCUCCCGCUUCCAUCCCUAGCUAACUUCCUGCAAUCAGCUCUCUGUCGGAAUGGCCAUGCCAACUGCGAAUCCUGCUGCAGCUCCCACUCCUCAAGUGGUUGGAAAUGCUUUUGUGGAGCAGUAUUAUCAUAUACUGCAUCACUCUCCUGAGCUGGUAUAUCGGUUUUACCAGGACAAUAGUGUGUUGAGUCGACCAGACUCAAAUGGUCUUAUGACGACUGUGACCACUAUGAAUAGUAUAAAUGAUAUAAUAUGCUCCUUGGACUACAAGAACUACAAGGCAGAGAUAAAGACUGCUGAUGCUCAGGAUUCUUUUAAGGAGGGAGUUAUUGUUCUUGUUACUGGGUGCUUGACUGGAAAGGACAACGUUAGAAGGAAAUUUGCACAGACAUUUUUUCUUGCCCCUCAAGAUAAAGGGUACUAUGUUCUAAACGAUGUUUUCAGGUAUGAGGAGGGAAGUGAACCAACCGCAAGUGCAGGGGCGGCUGUUGAAGUUGAUGACGUACCAUCAAGCACAAUGGCACUAGAUGAAGAGCCUGCUGAGGUGGUUGAUCCUCCCCAACCCGACUUUGCACUUCCUCCUCAAGUGGAGGAAACUGUGAAUGCUGAGAAGGAAAAUAACCAAGUGACAAAUGAUAGGCCAGAAAGUCACCAUAGGGAUAUAGUGGUGGAGGCAGAACCUCAUUUAAGUGAAAACCAACCUCAUGUAAGUGAAAACCAUCCCGCAGCAACAGAAGAAGAAUCAGCCACCACAACAUCUCAGGAGGAUACCCAAAAGAAAUCAUAUGCAUCAAUUCUUAGUUCACAAGCCAAGAAAGGACCCACCAAAAUGUAUGUUCCUACCAGCAUGGCAAGAGUACCUGCUACAAAGACUGUGAAGCAAUCCGUUAAUCCACCUCAGGAGACCUUGGUUUCUGAAACAUCAGUGAACCAACCUCCUGUUAGUGACCCAGAAAUUAAUGAUGCUCAGGAGGAAGCUGAGGGUCACUCCAUAUACAUCCGGAGCUUGCCUCUAAAUGCAACAGUUGCUCAGCUUGAAGCUGUGUUCAAGAAAUUUGGACCUAUUAAGCCAAAUGGGAUCCAAGUUAGAAGUAACAAGCUACAAGGGUUCUGUUUUGGCUUUGUUGAGUUUCAAGAUUUCAGCUCCAUGGAAAAUGCAAUUAAGGCUUCUCCCAUCACAAUUGGGGAUCGUCAAGCCUAUGCGGAGAUAAAGAAAACCACUACUCGAGUCGGGAGUGGGAGAGGUCGAUUUGCCCCUCCACGUGGAGGUUUCCGCAAUGAAAACUUCAGGGGUCGUGGAAACUUCAACAACAACAACAGCCGGACAACAUAUGUGAGAAAUGACAGUUUCAGAGGUCGUGGAAACUUCAGUGGCGGUCGCGGGGAAGGGUAUCAACAAGGAAGGGGUCGGGGCAGUCGUCGCCCCAAUCAAAUGGCGCCGGCUGCGGCUGCGGCUGCUGCUCCUCCUCCUUCGUCGACAUAGUAGAACUAUCAGAUAGAUGAUGCAGUUGAGGUCAUUAUUAUUUUUUUGACAAUUUGGUUUUGGUAAUGGAUGGGGGAAAGUUACUUGUAUUCAGUUCAUCCUUAUAUAUUUUUAUUUCUAUUUCUAUUGUUUAUUGGGUUUGAAAAACAAUGAGCUGAGCUUUUAGAGAGAGAGAGAGAGAGAGAGAGAGAGAGAGAGAGAGAGAGAGAGAGAGAGAGAGCAGUACAAAAGGGUCGAUUCUUUCUAACAUAUUUUUCUGUAAUAUUUUUAGAAGGCAGCUCAGUUCAGCUCAGCGGAAUUUUAUCUGCUCAAUCUUAUUAAUGUCCCGUCUGCUUCUUCAUGGUCGUCUUCUUAUUAUUAUAAUUGCAAAUAUUCUUUAUUUGUUUUGUUGUCAUUUUCUUUGGAGUAUAUAUUUAGGAUAAUUUUCACUAAA